AUGGUUUAUGGUCGCGACGAUCGCGAGUGGCGCGGUAACGUUAACGCAUGGCCAACGGUUAACGGUCAAGCGGCCGGCGUUCCCUAUGGUACGACGAGUGGACUGGCAGCAACCGUCGGUGGUAGCACGUCGGCAGCGCUGGGCACAAUAGGAAGCAUCAUCUGUCCGGCCGGUAGCCAGCUGCAGAACAAUCAGUGCGUUCAGCGGAUCAUGUACUGUGGCCAGGGUUACAAUUUGGUCGGCAACAACUGUAUCGGAGCUUCGGUCUGUCCGGCUGGUUUUCUCCUCCAGAACGGUCUCUGUGUACCGACCGGAUGUUCCACGGCCGCCUGUAACAUUCCCGCGUGCUUUAAGCAGGAAUCGAAAAGCGCCGAAAUGCGCCAGAUUGAUUCGAACCGCGUCGAACCACCGACCUGCCCGACCGGUUACGAUCUCAACAACGAGGAAUGUCUGCAGCACAGUGAGGCAGAACCACGGUGUACCGAGGGAAGACGCCAGGAGAACUGGUGCGUCGUUCCGGCCGACUGUCGCUAUCCGUUUACGCUCGAUGCGUACGGUCGGUGUGUCUCCAAUUCGACCGUCGCGGCACGUUGCCCCCCCGAAAGCCGUAUGGUCGGUGGUCUCUGUCAGUACAGUGCACCGGAGUGCCCAUCGGGCUAUCGACUGGAUCAGGGUGUAUGCGUACAGCGGGAUGUGGUCGCCUUGCGCUGCGAACAGGGUGGCCGACCGGCGAACGGUGUCUGUAUCGUGGCACAACCGAGAUGCCCGACCGGGUACCAGCUCGUCGGUACGCAGUGUGUCCAGGAGCAGCGUACCCGGGCACGCUGCCCACCCGGAUCGCACCAACGGGACGAUGUGUGCGUCGUGAAGGAUCUCGAAUGUCAACCGGGUUAUCAGCGCCGCAAUGGUGUGUGUGUGCGGACGGAGAAGCAACCGGCUACGUGUCCCACCGGUUCCCGUCUCAACGGUGACGUGUGCGUCGCGAACCAGGAAGUGUGCCCACGGGACUACAACUUCGCCUACAUGCAGUGCGUCCGGUACGUGCAGCGUGAGGCGAACUGUCCCCGUGGCUUUAGCCUCGUGAGCGGUGAGUGUGUGGCGCGGGAUGGCGCCUCCUGUGAUGCCGGGUUCGCCCUGCGCGAUGAGGAGUGUGUGCGUGAGAUCGAAGGACGAUACUCGUGCCCGACCGGUAGUAGCCUAUCGAUCGAUGGCCAUUGCGUCGUAUCGGAAGCGAAGUGUGACGCAGGCUUUGACCUACGCGAUGGUGUCUGUGUGCAGCAGCAGAUCGAACAGCCACGGUGUCCCUUCGGUUCCCAGUACCGGGCGGGCCAGUGUGUGUAUCAGGUUGCCAGCUGUCCACCGGGAUCCUCGCAGAACGAUGAGGGCUGCACGUGGGCCGAAAAGGAACCACCGUCCUGUGCCGUUCCGUUCCAGUACCGGUACGGUUACUGUUUGGCCAAACCAAGCUGUGAACCGGGAUUCAGCUACAACCAAACGGAAGGUGUGUGCACCCGUGUGACGACGUCGGCCGUUUCCUGCCCCAGCGGUACCUACCAGGAGAGUGAUCGUUGUGUGUCACGCGAUGGUCUCGUCUGUAUGGAGGGUUACACACUGCGGGGAGGGCAGUGUGUGAUGCGGCUUAUCUCGUCACCGGUCUGUCCACCCGGUGCUACACUGUACAACGAUCGGUGUCUGUCCCGUACCGCGGCUCAAUGCCGCCCCGGUGGGGUCGCCAUGAACGGUAUGUGCGAGGUACAGGAAACCGCAUACCCGGUGUGUCCGCACGGUUAUGUUUAUUCCAAUGGACAGUGUAUCGGUAUGGCACCUGUUGCACCGGCACCGGUAUCACCGUGUCUCUCCGGUGGCUAUGGAGGAAUGUGUAGUAGUCCUUGCGUCGGAACGGCACUCUGCGGUGCGCCUUGUGUUGCGGGAUGUGCUGCCGCUCAAACGGCGGCCAUCGCGCAAGCUCCGGCGGCAUCGACGGUUCAGGUGGCAGCUCACUGUCCGGCAGGGUACAGUAUGGCGUCGGGUCUUUGCACACGCCGCUACCUCAUCCCUCUGCAGUGUCCUUACGGGUUCGUUCUCGAAGGUAGCGAUUGCGUCCGGUACCAUGGUAUGGUGUGCAGUGCGGAUAGCAUUCUGGAGGGUGGCAAAUGUGUACGGUUGCAGACUCGUCAGGCGGCAUGCCGGUCCGGUUUCCUCUACCAGGAUGGUCGCUGUGUCUACCAGGCACCGACCUGUCCGGCCGGGUAUCGUAAUGUGGCUGGCAGUUGCAUCACGAUCCAGGAACGGCCCGCUCAGUGUCCACCUGGAAGCACCAAACAGCGUGGAUUCUGUGUUGGGGUCGUCUCCUGCCCCACCGGGUACCUGCUGAAGGGGGAUCUUUGUCAUCGGGAGAAGCACACACCGAUCGACUGUCCGUCUGGGUUCGUGUAUGUCAAUCAGCAAUGCGUCAGCCAGGCCCGGUGUCGCGAUGGUUUCCGGUUCGAGCAGAACCAGUGCGUCAUGACGACGCAACGUCCGGUUAGCUGUGCGUCGCCGGCCAGACAGGUCCAGAACUGGUGUGUUCUUGGCGGUCAAAGCUGCGAGCCGGGUUACGAGCUGCGGGAUGAGCAACGGUGUGUCCGGACCGAGUACCGGGCCAUCGUUUGUCCGGGCAACAGUCGCCUACGGGGUGGUGUGUGCGUGUCGAGCCAAUCACCGACGUGCGAUACCGGGUUCAGUCUGUCCGGUGAUCAGUGCAUAAUGCUGGACAAGCGACCGACCCAGUGUCCACCGGAUUUCAUUAUCAGCGGCCAGCAGUGCGUCUCGCGGCGUAUCAUUUGUGCGCCCGGUUUCGAGCAGCGUGGAACCGAGUGUAUCCGGGAGCAUCGGAUCCAGCUGGACUGUCCGCCGAAUACGAAUCAGCGCAACGGUUACUGCGUCACCGGUACACCGCAGUGCGAGCUGGGCUACAAGAUGGUCGGUAUGGAGUGCAUCCAGGAGAGCUACCGAUCGGUCGAGUGUCCAUCGGAUACGAUCCUUUCCGGUGGACAGUGCGCCAGGAGUGCCACCUGUCCGCCCGACUAUCGGAACGAUGGCAAUGAGUGCGUGAAGCAGCGCUCGAUGCAGUUGGCUUGCCAGCGCGGUAACCUGGUAGGUGGACAGUGUGUCGCCGGUGGCCCGAACUGUCCGGCGGAGUACGAGCUAAGGCGUAGCACGUGCGUACGGCGGGAAACCACGGAACCAAGCUGCCCACCGCAGGCCACACUCCAGGGCCAUCAGUGUGUGGUCGGACAUCCGGAGUGUUACGAGGAUUUCCGCUACUCGAACGGUCGCUGCACGAAGGUAUCGCGGGUACAGGCCCGAUGCCAGAGCACGACGGCCCAACUGAAGGAUGGUCUGUGUAUGUCGGUUAUUAAGACGACCAGCCUCUACUGUUCAUCCGGUUACACGCUGCAGGGUAGCAUGUGUAUGCGUACCCUCUACACCCAGGCCAGCUGCUUCACACCGUACAGUCCACCUGCAACGGUGGUGAAUGUUCCGGUACAGUAUCAAGCACAAACUGCGGGAACAACGGUCACUGGUACUGCUAUAGGCAUUACGACGUACCCGGCAGUACAAACGAUUGUCGGUGAAACCGUACUAUCCGGUUUUACGGCACCUACUGCUACCGUCACCUUCCCCAGUACGCCAGUGGAGACUCAAACGGAGGACGAGUUUGCGGCAUUCUUUGCCGAAGCGGCCUCCUUCGAUGCGCCCUCCGAGGCGUACUAUGCACCGUACUACGGAUCAUCAGACACAACCAGUCGGAGCAUUGUCACUACGGCGACUACGGCGUCUACUGCUAGCACGAGCACCACGACUACUACGACCACGACCACCACCACGCCCUUACCCUUUUUCGCUGCCUUGCCAUCGUUCGGCGAGCGAAUGCGGGCACCGGAAGUGGCGCAACAAACCCGAUUGAAGCGAUGCACCGUCUAUGGGCCGCGGGUCUGCGAGGAUGCGGAUGAGUCAGAGAAUUGGGCGUGCGAGCAGCGCGAGUUCUCGGCCGUUGCCUCUACGUUCUGUAGCUCGGAGGAUGACAUCGUUAGGCUGAAGGUGGACGAGCAUGUGAUCUACAACAGUACCAUCAUAAUUAUGGCCCAACGGCCCGACGACUACCCGGUCGAUGAAGAAGAGGAAACGGAAGAUUACAAUGGAACGGACUAUAAUGACAACAAUGAGGAUGAUGCUUCCUACAACUGUGGCAACUGUUCGGAUGGUAGCUUCAAGUGUUCAAAGCAAUGCUUCACGUACGAUGAUUGUGAUGCCUGUGAAUACAUUUCGUUCAGCGAGUUCUGCAAGGGUACGGGCGUGGGCGAGACGGAGCUUCAGCAGCUGUGCAGCUAUUUGCCGUAA